GUCUGUCUGUCCGUUUGUGGAUGCUAAACAAGAGGAAAAGAUCCACCAUCUGAAGCUCUUACUUUAAAAUAGGCAGCAUGGAUGCAGCAGAGUUUAGGCGCAGAGGGAAGGAGAUGGUUGACUAUGUGGCCGACUACCUGGAGAACGUUGAACAUCGUCCGGUCUACCCAGAUGUGGAACCGGGAUAUCUUCGUUCCUUGAUCCCCACUGAGGCCCCACUAGUGCCUGAUGAUUAUGAUGACAUUAUCAAAGAUGUGGAGAGGAUCAUAAUGCCAGGGGUCACCCACUGGCACAGUCCAUACUUUUUUGCCUACUUUCCAGCUGCUAGCUCUUACCCUGCCAUGAUCGCCGACAUGCUUUGUGGAGCCAUUGGCUGCAUUGGAUUCUCCUGGGCUGCCAGCCCAGCCUGUACAGAGCUGGAGACGGUGAUGUUAGAUUGGCUGGGGAAGAUGCUGAAGCUGCCUGAGCAUUUUAUAGCCGGGACUGAUGGCCACGGAGGAGGUGUCAUCCAGGGCACAGCCAGUGAGGCAACCCUGAUGUCAUUACUUGCUGCCCGCUGUAAAGCAGUAAGACAGGUUCAGGCCACCAACCCUGAAAAAUCCGAGGCUGAAAUCCUAUCCAAACUGGUGGCGUACGCCUCUGACCAAGCUCAUUCCUCAGUGGAGCGUGCUUCUCUGAUUGGAGGAGUGACGAUGAAAAAGGUUCCCACAGACAACACCUAUGCUGUCGGAGGGGACAUGCUUAAGAAGAUGCUGGAGGAGGACAAAGCAGCUGGACUCAUCCCUUUCUACUUCUGUGCAACCCUUGGCACCACGUCAUCCUGUGCUUUUGAUCACAUUACCGAGCUUGGGCCCAUAUGUAAUAAGGAAAAUAUGUGGAUGCAUAUUGAUGCAGCAUAUGCAGGGAGUGCAUUCAUCUGUCCUGAAUUUAGGCCUUUGCUGAAUGGCGUUGAGUUUGCAGACUCUUUCAACUUCAACCCACACAAAUGGCUUUUAAUCAACUUUGACUGCUCUACAAUGUGGGUGAAGAAGAGAGAGGACAUCAUUGGAGCCUUCAAGGUCGAACCACUUUACCUGAAACACGAAAACCAGGAGUCAGGCCUGGUCACGGAUUAUAGGCAUUGGCAGAUUCCACUUGGAAGAAGAUUUCGCUCACUAAAGAUGUGGUUUGUUUUCCGUUUGUAUGGGCUCGAAGGCCUGCAGGCUCAUAUACGCAAGCAAGUGGUCCUGGCCAAAGAAUUUGAGAGUCUUGUGCGAGCAGACAAGAGGUUCGAGAUCUGUGCAGAGGUUGUCAUGGGACUGGUUUGCUUCAGGCUCAAGGGCUCCAAUGAUUUGAACCAGCUCUUGCUAAAAAGGAUCACCAAGAGCAGAGAGAUCCACCUGGUGCCUUGCCAGCUCUCUGGCCUCUUUGUCAUGCGCUUCGCCAUCUGCUCACGCAGCACUGAAUCAAGUCAUAUCCAACAUGCAUGGCGGCACAUCACAAAGCUGUCCUGUGAGCUUUUGCAAGAUAAUCAUUGACCAAAAGGCUGGAAAGGGGCUGUCCACCCUAAUGCCAAAACGAGGACCAAUGUAAGGACAAAAAUCUGAGUUUCAUGUUGCAGAUUUAAAAUGUCAUAAAGGGAAUGAACAAUUAAUUCACUGUUCAAUUAGCAGUAAAAAUAAUUUUUAUUUGUCAGCAGCCUUGUGAUCUUGUCUAGUAAGCAAUGGUCAUUAUCUUGUUAAGUUAACGCAUGUGAAAAUAAACUUGUAUACACCCAAAUUAGUACAAGAGGAAAAAUGCAGGUUCCAGAUAUUACAUUUUCUAUCUGCAACUUCUCCCUCCAUUGACUUUGCUUUUAUCUCACUGUUUAAUGAUUAUGUUAUUGUCGUCAUUGUAAUGCAAUCAUCCCGCUGCGGACCUAUCUUUCCUGUCUAUGCCGCUUCUGUGUCUUCUAUGUAAAAAAAAACAUGGGUUGGUUUGGGGUGAAUUAUUUGAGUUCUGCAAUGAAUGUAUUGCACAUUGUGUGUGUGAAUGAAUAUAUGCGUAAACGGGUGACUGCAAUUUUGUUUGGCUGGGUGCUCAUACAGAAAACAGCUUUUAUAUAAUUAUGUAUCUUGAUAUGCUUUAAGUUCAGGAUUAGAAAUUAAUGAGUUGUAAUAGCAUUACAAAGGUCACUUUAUCAAAUUACUACUGAUAUUUGGCUAUAUAUAUUUUAUGGAGAGCUUUAUAGAGUCUAUUAAGUUAAAGAAUACAAUGAUUGCUCCUAGGAAGCAGGUUAACCUCUUCUAUAAGUGCAAUAAUUAUUUAUUAAUAUAUGUCAUAAUUAGCUAAACUAGUUGUGUUUCAUAUAUAAUGGCAGGCACAGGCCUAUCAUGUACAUUUUUUUUUUCUUUUACUUAACAGAAUUCCUAUAAAUGUAUUUGGUGUCUUAUGCACAGAAGGCCAAUAUUUCCCAAAACUGCACAAGCCAAUUGCUCUUUCACUGUAAAUCAGUUGGAUGAAAAUGAAAUGGUGCUAUGGUUGGGGAUACACAGUACCACCAUUUUUUUUUCUCUGCUAAGCUUAUUUCCAAUCAUUAGAGUAAUAUAAGGAAUUUAUUUGUGACACAGUUUUAACAUAAUCACCCUAUGGUGUAUAGUUAUAUGUUGUUGUGUUCAGAUCAUUGUGUUAAUGAUCGAAGAGAGUUAAAAGAAUAAAGUUCAAAAUCUAAGUUGUGUAAAUGGUGCAUACAUUUGAUAUUAUCUCACUGCACACUAUCUAACAUAGAUGUGGUGUUUAUAAGAUCAUUUCAGUAUAUCAUUGUGUGUACCAGGAAUCUAGGAUCCUUCACACCCCUACAUGAGUCUCUCAUCAUCUACAGUACGUCAACUCUAAGCAUCUACUUUAGGCCUCAAGAUUUAGGACAGAUUGACAUGAUUAACAAAUGAAGUUAAAAUAAGACUAGUCUCCUGCUUGUUGUCCACAUUCACAAUAUACAUUGUCACUACUAUUUGUCCGUCAAGAAAUAUGUAAAUUUGUGGUUUGACGUCCACAGGCUUUGUUGUUAAUUCAUAAGAUUGUGUCAAACUAUGAUGCUGUUGCUGAUCAAGGUGUUUCCUCGCUGGCUUGACUGUGUGUGUUGCAUGUUAUGGUAAGGGUAAUUAUAAUAAAGUCUACUGUA